AUGUCUGGAAAAGCAUCAACUUCAAAGCCUAAUAUAGGUCUGAGUGGAUCUGAUGGUCUUUCACAUGCUUACAUUCAGUAUCCACCACUUCGCUGCAAUGUUCCUGGAUCUGGUGAAUUAUUUUAUGAUGAUGGAAAUAAGUUGGUACUCUCUUCAACAUCUGACCAGGUCUUUUCAUGGAAAGUCUGUCCCUUUGAUCCUCUCAUCGAUCCAACUGCUGAUUCAAUAAGUGAAGGCCCUAUUAUAGCUAUUCGGUAUUCUUUAGAUACAAAGGUAAUAGCAAUCCAACGAUCGAACCUUGAAAUACAGUUUUGGGAUAGAGAGACUGGGGGUACUUUUAGCCAUAAGUGCAGGCCAGAAUCAGAAAGCAUAAUUGGUUUUUUUUGGACAGAUAGUCAACAGUGUGAUAUCGUUCUUGUUAAGACCAGCGGUCUAGACCUGUAUGCAUAUAAUUCGGAGUCGAACUCCCUCCAACUGGUGCAAGCAAAGAAACUGAAUGUGAGUUGGUAUGUUUACACCCAUGAAAGUCGCUUGGUUCUUCUUGCUUCUGGCAUGCAGUGCAAGACAUUCCACGGAUUUCAGAUUUCAUCUGCAGAUAUUGUUCGCUUGCCAAGAUUUGAGAUGGUUAUGGCCAAAUCUGAGGCAAAUAGUAAGCCUGUUUUAGCAGCUGAGGAUGUCUUUAUUGUCACUGUUUACGGUAGGAUAUACUGCUUGCAAGUUGAUAGAGUUGCUAUGCUGCUCCAUUCUUAUCGGCUAUAUCGUGAUGCAGUGAUACAGCAGGGCUCUUUACCAAUUUAUUCCAACAGGAUUGCCGUGAGUGUGGUCGACAAUGUACUUCUUAUUCAUCAAGUUGAUGCAAAGGUUGUUAUACUUUAUGAUCUCUUUGCAGAUUCUCGAGCACCAAUAUCUGCACCACUUCCUUUAUUAUUAAGGGGUUUCCCCAGAUCCAGUACUUCAUCUCAAUCUAAUGGUAGAGAAAGUGAGAGCUCAGAUAGUAAUGUUUUGAGUAGUCAUGAAGCUGUUACAUACUCCAAUACAUGGACUUUCCUAGUGCCUGACCUUGUAUGUGAUGUGGCCAAUAAGUUAUUGUGGAAGUUCAAUUUAGACUUAGAGGCAAUCUCCGCUAGUAGCUCGGAGGUCCCAUCAGUAUUAGAGUUCCUGCAGCGGCGAAGGUUGGAAGCUAACAAGUCCACAAGAGCUGUUACUACAGUACCAGUAGCUAAACAACUGUGCUUGGGUAUAACACGUACACUAAUUCUAGAGCAUAGGCCAGUGCCUGUGGUUGCCAAGGCUGUAAAUGUACUAGUCACCUCAUACUCCCAUUCAAUUAAAACUGGAAACUAUCUCAAGGGACUGAAACCAGAGAAGACUUCAACUUCUGUUCAAAAUACUGGUGCUGAGGUAUCUGCUAUCGAAACAGAUGUAAUUGGAAAAUCAGUCAUCCAUGAAUCUAUGAAAAGAGUAGACAGUGGAUCUGUUAAUAAAGCUUCAACUGUUUCAAGUUUGGAUUCUGAGGAUGAUUCUUGGUCUGCAAAUCCAAAACACAAUUCAAAGGCGGCCCAUAGUGCUUAUGUUGAACAAUCAUCUCUUCAGUCUGGGCAAGAGGAAUCACAACUUACUUCUGCAGCAAUUUCACCAGAUGAGAUGUACAGCUUUGUCUUUUCUCCUGUUGAUGAAGAGAUGGUCGGAGACCCUUCUUACUUGGUUGCGAUCAUUAUUGAGUUCCUUCACAGUGCAAAUUCAGAAAAGAUACGUGUACUCCCAAAUGUUUAUGUAUUAAUAAUUCAACUUUUGGCUCGCCAUGAACGUUAUGCAGAGCUUGGGUUGUUUGUCUUAAACAAGAUUCUGGAGCCCUCUAAGGAAGUUGCACUACAACUCCUUGAGUCUGGUCGCCAGAAUGCCCAAGCUAGGAAGCUUGGUCUGGAUAUGCUGAGACAAUUGGGUUUACAUCAUGAUUAUGUUUUGCUGCUUGUGCAGGAUGGAUACUACCUUGAAGCCUUAAGAUAUGCACGGAAAUACAGGGUGGAUACCAUCCGGCCAUCAUUGUUCUUAGAAGCAGCAUUUGUUUCGAAUGACUCUCAACAUCUUGCUGCGGUUCUAAGAUUCUUUGCAGAUUUCCUUCCUGGCUUCAAAAACACCUCAGACCAUAAUAGAUACUGCCGCAUACUGAAUGAAAUGAACUCACCCAUUACCCGUGAGUGA